UGACAACAGUGUUUUCCUCGACUUCAGUCUUGUGAUGAUUUCACAUUGCUGUGAAAUUUGAAGAAGUUUGUGUCAAAAUUUCCUUUUUUGAAAAUGCAUUUGAAAUAUUUGAAAACAAUUCUCGAUGCACAGAAUCAACUCAGUCGCAUUGGUGGUUUAACAUGGGCACCGAAUCAUCAAAAGUUGGCUGUUGCCACCGCUGAUCGUUCAAUAAUAUUGUUCGAUGAAAAUGGGGAAAAAAGGGAUAAAUUUUCAACAAAACCCAGCGGUUCAGUCGAGGGUAAAACGUCGUACGUUAUUCGGGCACUAGUUUUCAGUCCUGAUUCUACAUCGUUGGCGGUCGCCCAAAGUGAUAACAUCGUUUACGUAUACAAAUUGGGCACGACAUGGAAGGAAAAAAAAGUUAUUUGCAACAAAUUUCCACAACCGACAGCUGUAACUGUAAUGGUGUGGCUGUCUGUGGGUCCGAUUAUAAUCGGAUUAGAAGAUGGUAAAGUGCGUGCACUGAAUUGCAAGACAAAUCGAUCUCAAAAUUUAUAUGCCGCUGAACACACGGUUGUAUCGCUAGCCGCGAAUGUUCGUGGAACAGGAUUUGUUUCCGGCCACGAAGAUGGUUCCGUUAUCCGAUUUUUCAUUGUUGAUGAAACGAAAUUCCCGUCUGGUCGUUUGUUCGUCCAUACAUCGUCUCCGUUGGCCUUGGCAUGGGCUCAGAAUGAUAUAGUUGCUGCUGGCUGUGAUAGAAAAGUUAUAUUCUACAAUGUGCAGGGUCAACAAUCUCGAGUCUUUGAUUACUCUCACGACGACAAUGAAAAAGAAUUCACUUCAGCCGAAUGCAGUCCGAAUGGUCAAUCCAUAGCAAUUGGAAACUACGACCAAAUCAGAAUUUAUACGUGGAGUCCACGACAGAAAACAUGGACCGAUGUGGCGAAAAAGGAAAUCAAAAACUUAUACUCUGUGUCCGCAAUGACGUGGAGAAGUGAUGGGGCUAGACUCGUUGUUGGUUCCAUUUGCGGAGCUGUUCUGCUGUUUGAAUCAGUAUUAAAACGAACGGUGUGGCAUGACAAAUUCGAAUUAACCUAUGUGACGCACUCACAGCUUCUGCUGAAGUCUCUUCAAGAGUCUGACAGCACCGUGCUCGUGGUUGAGUCCCAAUUGGGACUCGAAAUUGACGAUGUUCGAUUUAUGGGAAAAGACAACUACCUCGUCGCACACACAGAAGAUUCACUAAUUCUAUGCGAUCUUACACGCAAUUUAACCAGCGAAUUGUCUUGGAUCUCAUCCGGUCACAACGAGAAAUUUUAUUUCGAAAAUCCCAAUGUCUGUUUCAUAUUCAAUGCUGGUGAGCUAACAUUGGUUGAGUAUGGGGAAAACAGCACCCUGGGUUCGGUUCGAACGGAAUUCGUCAAUCCUCACGUGAUUUCUGUGAGGAUAAAUGAAAGAGGCAACACGAGGGACAACAAAAAGCUCGCCUAUCUUAUGGAUAUGAAAACGAUCAGCGUAGUUGAUUUGAUUUCACAAUCUAUCAUCGCUCAGAUUAAUCAUGAAUCGAAGAUCGAUUGGUUGGAAUUGAGUGAAACUGCCCAUAAGAUACUUUUCCGUGACAAGAAAAUGAGAUUAAUUCUGUUCGACAUUGCUACGUCCAAGAAAUACAAUUUGAUGGAUAAAGUUUCGUUUGUGCAAUGGGUGCCCCAGAGUGAUGUGGUCGUUGCCCAGAGUGAUUACAAUUUAGCAAUAUGGUACAACAUAGAUGUACCACAGCACGUCACAAUGGUUUCGAUUCGUGGUGAUGUGACGCAUGUUGUCCGCGAAGAGGGAACGACUGAGGUGAAAAUGAAAGAAGGACCGACUGAACACUCGUAUCGACUAGAUCAGGGGCUCGUUGAAUUCGGAACGGCGGUAAACGAUAACGAUUUCGGAAAAGCGAUAAUUUUUCUUGAAUCUCACGACGAUAAAUCUGCUGCGAAAGCAAUGUGGCACAAUUUGGCUAGGAUUGCGUUGUAUCAACAAAAUAUGAGAGUGGCCCAGCGAUGUUUCGUUGCUUUAGGUAACGCAUCGAUGGCAUUUUAUUUAGGUAAAACAAUAAAAGCAGCUGCGGAGUAUGGGGAAGAAAUGCCAUUGGGUGUACAAGGUAAUGAAGUUCGGGCAAGAAUGGCAUUGGUAAACUGUGAUCUCAAGUCUGCCGAACGUAUUUACCUGGAUCAAGGAAACAUUGAUGCGGCCAUAUCAGUGUACACACGACUGCGACUGUGGGACGAUGCAAUAAAAUUGGCUGAACGUAGAGGAUACCAUGGCUUGAAUACACUUCGAGAACAGCAAAUGUCAUUUUUACUCAGUACCAAUCAAGAAGAACUGGCCGGUCAUGCUUUGGAAGAAAGUGGAGACACGGAUCGGGCUAUGACUCUGUAUCUAAAGGCUAAUAAGCCAGUUAAAGCAGCCCGAUUGGCAUUGAAAUGGCCAUCGUUAUUACAAGAUAACGAUCUGAUGAAUCGGGUUGCGAAGUCACUAAUUGCAUUCGAAUUGUAUGAAUUAGCUGGCGAUCUGUCCAAUAAAUUAAGAAAACCUGAAGCUGCUAUUGAAAUGUACAGGCGAGGUGGUGCAUACAGUAGAGCGAUCGAGCUAGCACGAAAUGUAUCACCGGACGAAGUUACAAGUCUUGAAGAGGAAUGGGGUGACUGGUUGGUGUCGAAAAGGCAAAUGGACGCAUCAAUUAGUCAUUAUAUAGAAGCUGGAUCUACUAUAAAGGCUUUGGAAGCAGCUGUCGGGGCGAAACAAUGGCGAAAAGCAGUUCAGAUUGCCAAAGUUAUUGACGACCCCAUCGAAAUCCGAAAAUAUGCAGUGCAGUUGUCAGAUCAUUUGAACCUUUUGGGCGAUAAGAAAGGUGCCGAAGAUAUUUUGGUGCGGGCUGAAUUGUAUAAAGAAGCAGUGGAAAUGCUAAACCAAAGCGGGCAGUGGGAACGAGCGUAUGUCAUAGCGGAGCAGUAUCUCGGUUCAGACAUUGUAAGAGACAUGUUUAUCGAAAUGGCUGCAAAAUUGGAGCAGGACGGAAAAUAUCGAGAUUGUGAACGAGUAUUCAUUGCUAUCAACGAGCCUGAUCUAGCCAUUUCAAUGUACGAACGCUUGGAGCAAUACGACCCGAUGAUUCGAUUGGUGGAACGAUAUCACAAAGACCUUUUGGACUCUACUCACUUGCAUAUAGCGAAGCAACUUGAGGCUAAAUCAAAAUACAAAAUGGCAGAGGGACACUACAUUGCAGCAGGCGAUUGGAAGGCAGUUGUGCAUAUGUAUUGCAGUAUCGGAAAAUGGGAGGAAGCACAUCGUACAGCCCUGCAAAAAGGAACUGAAGACGCAGCCAAUCAAGUAGCGUACAUAUGGUCCCGUUCACUUCCGCUGGAAGGUGCGGCUCGUCUUCUUACAAAAAUGAAUUUGAUCAGAACGGCUCUGCUAUAUGCUUGCGAUGCUAAACAAUUUGAAUUUGCACUCGAUUUGUGUCGUGUUACAGGACAUUCCAGUGAUGAUGUUCACUUAAGGAUGGCUAUGGAUUUAGAAGACGAAGGGAAGUUUUUCGAAGCCGAAGCCGAAUUUCUUUUGGCCAACAAGCCAAAAGAGGCAAUCCUCAUGUACUCGCACAGCAGAGAUUGGAGAUCAGCACUUCGGGUAGCUGAAAAGUACUUACCGGAAGCAGUUAAUGAGAUCCUGAUUAGCCAGGCCGCAGAAUCUUUAGAAUCACAGAACUAUCAAGAGUACGAAGCACUGUUAAUCCGUGCUGAACGUCCAGACAUUGUUUUGCAACAAUACAAAGAAUCGGAAAUGUGGCCAGAAGCUAUUCGCAUUGCUCGAGAAUAUGUCCCGGCGGCUCUACCAGAUAUUCAACGUUUACAAGCGCGUAACAGCAAAACUAGUGCGAUGAUAAGUAACGAUUCACGGGCCUUGUUACAUCACGCUUCGGAAUUCAUUCGUAGCGAAGAGUUCAAAAAGGCAGCUUUAUGUUUGCUCAAAAUCAAUUCUAUCAAUGCUGACCCAACCACAGUUGAACAGGCGCUCAUACGAGCUGCUGAAAUUUGCAAUCAAAAUUUGGACGGUGACGAUGCAACUGAGGUUGCUGGAGAGCUUGGUCCCCGAUUGGUGGAGCUCAGUCAAUUCGGUCCGGCUGCUCAACUAUACUUGGCUGCCGAAAUGCCGAAGGAAGCCGUUGAUGUGUUCAUUCAAUCGGAAAAUUGGGGAAAAGCGAGACGAUUGGCUAAGGAAAUAAACCCACAACUGUUGACGUAUGUCGAAACUCAACAGAAAUCCCGAUUGAGAAUGGAAAACAACGUCGAGCAACUCGCCGAUAUUGAUAUCAUUGGAGCGUUAGACCUGUUAGCCGAACAAGGACAGUGGACACGUUGCAUCGAGAAAGCGAAGCAACAUAGUUCAGUGGUUAUGCAUAAAUACCUCGCCCAAUAUGCAACUCAGUUGAUUCGUGAGAAUGAAUGCGUGGAAGCAUUGAGUGCAUAUAUGAAAUACGGGGCACCGCCUCUGCCCCAAAAUUUCAAUAUUUACAAUCGAAUCGCUGUUGAGUGUAUUGGUCUCCGAGAAACUGACGGAAUGAAUGUCUGGAAAGACUUGCGAUUGUUUCUGUUCAACCUAACUCAAUCGAUCAAAAUGUCCGAUGCCGUAAUCGAUGGCCUAGAUCGUUUCGAAGAACUGCUAUUGAUUGCUCACUACUAUGUAACACGAGCAGCAUGUCGCGAAAUCUCGUCUCUGAAAGUGCUGGCAGUUAAAAUUUCCGUUGCUUUGCUUCGAUACACCGAAAUCAUUCCGGUCGAUAAAGGAUUCUAUGAAGCUGGAAUGGAUCUUCGCUCAGUUGGUCGAGAAUCGGAAGCGUUUGUCAUUUUAAAUCAUUAUUUGGACGUUAGUGAAGCUAUUGAUGGUUCGGAUGUUUUAGUCGAUCAUCUGAAUCUAACAGCAACGGAUUUUCCGAGUUCGGUUCCAAUACCGUCGGAAUUGCAUUUGAAGGACGAUCUUGGCUUACAUGAAGAAGUACGAGAAUGGGUCCUGUCUGUAAGCAUGGAUCAAAGAGUCGAUCAGGUACUACCAAUUGACGAGAGAAAUUUGUUCGAAUCCAGUCUGGGUAUGUCCGACCAACCAUGUGUCAUAACCGGGUAUCCAGUAGUUGGUAAGCAACCGAUUAUAUUCCAAAGAUCGCAGCGUCAAGCGAAUCGGGACGCUUGGAGUAAAAUAUCAGUGGCUGCUAAAAUGGAACCACAUUCCAAUAUACCCGAUGUGAUUGAAUUUAUUGAAAAGUGGUGUGGAGUGGCAAAUUUUGUAACCUAAUGUAAUGUAAUGUGACCUAAUUGAGUGUAGCGUGUGUUAGGACAAACCGUGAAAGUAGUUGGUACAAAUAUACAAAAAUAUUUACUAAAACGA